AUGGAUUUAUUACACAUAGUCCUUCUCACAGUUUUUGUACAAAUCCGGACAAUUCCCGCCACGAACGACACUCUGAACGCCUCCGGGAGCAUCAGAGAUGGCGAAAGUUUAGUCUCGUCGGGAGGGACCUUCGAGCUCGGGUUUUUCUCCCUCCGAAACCCGAGCAGACGGUAUCUCGGAAUAUGGUUCCGAAACAUAACCGUCCGGACUUACGUCUGGGUCGCCAACGGCCCGACCCCGCUCGGCUCCGGUGGUGGUAUACUACGCUUCGUGGGCCCCACCGGCAAUCUCGCCCUUCUCGACGGUGGGCUCAAUGGCACGAUUGUUUGGUCGACCAACUCGUCGGGCUCGGGCUCGUCCGCGCGGCUCCUCGACUCGGGGAACCUCGUAGUUCAGGCCGCGGGCCUGGAAUCAGGCCCGCCCGCGUGGCAGAGCUUCGAGCACCCGUCCGACACGUUCCUCCCAGGGAUGUCCUUCGGCGUGAACUACGUGCGGGGGAUCGACGCCCGCUACACGUCGUGGCGGUCCGCCGACGACGACCCGUCACCGGGGGACUACACGUCCCGGCUCGACCCUACGGGCUACCCGCAGAUAUUCUUGACGGGGCCCGGUGGGCGGGUCGUGAACCGGGUCGGGCCGUGGAAUGGGGCCCGGUUCAGUGGGGCCGUGGGCACGCGCAACAACCCGAGCCUCCGGAUGAGCCGGGACGAGGUGGUGUACACCGAAGACAACGAGGACCCGUCGGUCAUCACAUUACUCAAGGUCGUCCCGUUCGGGGUCGUGCAGAGGUGGACGUGGGACGGCGGCUCGUGGGUCGUGAAUUUCAACCUCACGAACGAGCCGUGCGACUCGUACAACCGAUGUGGGGCCCACGGGUUGUGUGAUGAUGGAGGGUCGUGCGGGUGUCUUGACGGGUUUGUACGCCGGCCUGGACUAGGGUGCGUGAGGAGGUCGGAAUUGAGGUGCUCGGGUGAUGUUUUCGAGAGGUACUCUGGGAUUAAGUUGCCGGAUGCUCGGAAUUGCACGGUGAAUGGCGAGGCGACGCUACUUUCGGAUUGUGAGGCCGAGUGCUCGAGGAAUUGUAGCUGCACGGCUUACACGGUGCUCGAUAUACGAGAAUCGGUUAGCGGCUGCCUAUUUUAUCAUGGGGACUUGGUGGAUAUCAAGGCCAUGAGGCAAGGUGGGCAGGAUCUUUACAUCAGGCUCGGUCCGGGCGGGUUGGGCUCUAAAGGGAAUAAUAACAGAGUGAAACUAAUAGCAACUGUAACAUCAGUUGCCGGAGUAUCUCUUGUGGCCGUGGGCAUCGUUUUCGUUUGUUAUCGGAAGAGAAUGAAGGAUAAAAACAGGAGAAAUUCGGUUGCAGGGCCAUUUAGUGGAACCGAACACGGUAAAGACGCGGAAUUACCGUUCUUCGACUUAUCCACAAUCUCGAAAGCCACAGGUCAUUUCUCGACACAGAACAAGCUCGGUGAGGGUGGCUUCGGACCUGUUUACAAGGGCACGAUGGAGAACGGACAGGAAAUUGCUGUGAAAUGCUUGGCGAAAGCCUCCUCACAAGGGGUCGAAGAACUGAAAAACGAGUUGACCUUGAUUGCUAAACUGCAGCACAGGAAUCUGGUGAGGCUUCUGGGCUUUUGCAUCGAGAGAGAUGAGAACAUGUUGAUCUACGAGUACAUGCCAAACGGUAGCCUUGACUUGAUUUUAUUUGACAAAACAAAAAGCUCGUUACUUGAUUGGAGAAUGCGGUUCAAUAUUAUCAAUGGGAUUGCCAAAGGACUGUUGUAUCUUCAUCAAGAUUCGAGGUUGAGAAUAAUCCAUCGAGACCUAAAGGCCAGCAACAUACUCUUAGAUGCCGAUAUGAACCCGAAGAUAUCAGAUUUCGGCCUGGCCAGGGGUUUCGGUGGGAGUGAAACCGAAGCCAAAACGCGCAGAGUCGUAGGAACAUAUGGUUACAUGUCUCCUGAAUAUGCAAUAGACGGGCUUUUCUCGGUCAAGUCGGAUGUGUUUAGCUUCGGUGUUCUUGUGCUAGAAAUUGUGAGCGGAAAAAGGAACCGGGGAUUCAGCUUGAAAGAUCACAAUCUCAACCUUGUUGCACAUGCUUGGACACUGUACAAAGAAGAAAACUUACGAGAGCUAGUCGAUGAUACUCUAGGAAAUUCGUUCGACUUUUCCCAAGUGAUGCGCUCAAUCCACGUUGGGCUUCUGUGCUUGCAAAGACGUCCGGAAGAUCGGCCGAGCAUGUCAUCUGUUGUUUUCAUGCAAGGAAAUGAAGUCGAGUUGCCUCCGGUUAAGGAGCCUGGAUUUUUCACUGAAAGGGACGUUACAGCUGGCGAAGGCUCGAGCGGAACAAAUGCAUUUGCUUCUGAGAAUCAAGUCACUGUUACAUUGCUGGAGGGCAGAUAA